UCUCUCGCUCUCUCUCUGCCCCGGAGGAAGGAAGCAAAGAAGGACGGAGGGGGUCGGAGCCCUUGGCCCGUGGAUGCCCGGCAGCAGCAGCAGCAGCAGCAGCAGCAGCACAGCAGCAGGAGGCAGGGGAAGAGGGGGCCCCGCGGGGCCGGGGCAUCCUCCGCCUGGCAUGAGAGCCAGCUGCUGAGCCCUCCAUCGGCGGAAAGGUGGGGAGGAGGAAGGGACCAACGAUGGCCUUGGCGGACAACGCAGGUUGUGCCAAACCCACGGAGGACAUGGUUUUCCCGGAGAUCGUGGAGCUGAACGUGGGCGGCCAGGUCUACAUCACGCGCCACAGCACCCUGGUCAGCAUCCCAGGCUCCUUGCUCUGGGAGAUGUUCACUCAGAAGAGCAGCCGGUCCUUGGCCCGGGACAGCCGGGGGCGCUUCUUCGUGGACCGGGACGGCUUCCUCUUCCGCUAUAUCCUGGACUUCAUGCGAGACCAGGAGCUUGUCCUUCCAGAACACUUUCCCGAACGGGGCCGGCUCCAGCGGGAGGCGGAAUACUUCAAGCUGCCGGAGCUGGUCAAGUCCUUGGCCCCGAAGAUCAGCAAGCAGAACUCCAUUGGGGACGAGCCUUGCCAGAGCGACCCUGAGGAGCUCUCCCCAAGCAUUGACAUGGCUCGAAACCUGGUGGCGGUCGGGGCGGCCCUCGGGGGCCAAGCAGGAGGCUCUGCGGCCCCCAUGGUGGCAGGCAGCUCCGGCCAAGACCUCCGGCGGUCGGGCUUCAUCACCAUUGGCUACCGGGGCUCCUACACCUUGGGCCGAGACAGCCAAACGGACGCCAAGUUCCGCCGCGUGGCCCGGAUUAUGGUGUGCGGCAAGACCUCCCUGGCCAAAGAAGUCUUUGGGGAGACCUUGAACGAGAGCAGGGACCCCGACCGGCCGCCAGAGCGUUACACAUCCCGCUACUACCUCAAAUUCACCUUCCUGGAGCAGGCCUUUGACAAACUGGCUGACGCAGGCUUCCACAUGGUGGCUUGCAACUCCACGGGGACCUGCGCAUUUGCCCACGAACAGACGGAUGACAAGAUCUGGACCUCUUACACCGAAUAUGUUUUCUACCGUGAGUGACACUUUAAACCAAAAACAACCCACCCAUCCCUUGAACAAAACCUUGCCCUGAAAGGCAGUUUCCCCUUCGACCGAUCCUCUCUCUAGAACCCAGGCACCGUUGAACCCUCGAAACUUGGACCUCCUCUCCUCCCUCGCUUUCCAAACUGUGAACCCUCUUGGCUUCUCCUGAACCAGACCGACCCUUCCUCCCAACAGUAGUGCACAGCUUUUCCCUGGAUUGUGGAUGCGGACGCUGUUGUGUGUGUCUCUGUCGGGAUCCGGCGGUGGCGGGGAGAUUUCUGUCCUGGGUUGUGUGGGGAGGGAUAAUCUGCCAGUAUUAACCAGCAAUGCAACAUUUUGGGGUGCAUUGGGAUGGGAUGGGCACUCAUGCUGUGCAGCUGUCGCUCGUUGCUCUUUGCCUGCGCGGGCCGCAUUUGCUUAGGCCUGCGCUAAGGGAUUUUGGGGGGAAGGAUCUUGCUUGGUGGAGCUGGCAGGAGUUGACCAAAAGAGCAAAAAGUUUAGAGAUCCUCCCUAGAUAUUCCCAAUAGCCUCAGUUAAGCAGCUUAGUGCAUAGACUGCCAGGACGCGAGAGCACAUGCCUUCCUCCCGUGUGAUUGUUGCCCCAUCUCUCCUGUCAUAUGCAAUGGCAUCCCACCCUUUCCACCUGAACUACAUCUCCCUGGUUUGGGAAGGCCCAUCGUCCUGGAUACGGUGGUCCUGCAUUGCACCCAGACAGUCCCAGUUUGGGCGGCCUGCUCUCUCUUGUUCAAAGAAUUCUAGGUAGGAUGGUGUGCAUGUGUCUGAGGAAGAACCUUUGGGUCCUGGGAGGCAGUAGUGACCAGUGGCUUACCUGUCUGUGGGAUGCUGAAUUGGCUUUGGGCCUUAGUAGGAACUAUCCAAGGUGAAAUGAACCCUCUCCUCCCAAAUAGGUCGAGAAUGUCUUAUAGCUUCUUUUAAGUUCAUACUAAACUGCAGAGUGGCUUCACAGAAACACACAUACACACACCAUCGAGACGGAAGCUAUCAGCUGCAAUUGUUGGGUUGGUGGUGUAAGUGCAAAGAAUACUGAACUAAGUGUGCCUGUGGCCUGACACCAUAGAAAAUGGGAUAUGCAGAAGAUGGUGGGGAUACCCAGCAGAGCCAGACAUGGCGAAAUGAGCCAACUGCAACUUCUGGUAUCUCUGAUUUGGAAAGAGAAGGAUUUGGGGUGUUUCAAGGUACAUAGGAUUGCAUUCUCCCUUCUCUUGUGUCAGGCUCAUUGAAGAGGUGGCCAGGAGGGAGAGGUCCUUAGCCAUUCACCCAACAACCACUUCUCCCUAGAGCUUGGAGGCAUUACUAUUUGGGACUACUGUGCCCAGAUUCUGCCAGCCAUCAUGGUCUCAUGUAUCCGACUGCUGACCCAGAUGAAAAGGGCUGAAGCCAUGGGGAGGGAGGUUUCAUAGGUAGUCCUGUUCCUCUGCAAGAUGCAGUUUCUCUGUCUUAUGAGCUGUCACAUGAAGAUCUCACCUGGAAACCAUGCGAGGGCUGAUGAGAGAGCCAGAGUUUUUGGAUGCCGGUCCAAAGGGCAAAUGCAAUCCUGUGUAGGAAACUCACUGGCCUCUCCUUCCAGCUCUUGCAUAACCUUCCUAUCCCAAAGAAGGGAAAGCAGCAGCCAGACACCAUUAACUGGGAUUAGCAUUGUUCACCCAAUCUUUGAUUGAUUAUCAGAUUAUGGGGAGUCGAGGGAGAGGAGAAAUCCACUUGCAUUUGUCUGAUCGUUGGCCCCCCAGAUGUGAUGUUGGGUUGGCUGUUCCUACGUUCAUCCUCCUUUGGAACUCUCACCUAUUUUAGCUGGGGGAAUUCAGGAGUUUUGGACCCCUAAAAGCCGGUCUCCAGAGACCACCUUCCAUGUCAAUAGGGCAGUCAAUCCAUUCCAGGUUCCAGUCCAAACCUUAAAGAAGCUAUAACCUGUUGCAAGGCUAGGGUUCCGUAACCUGGAGAACUGGCCCUAUAAUAACCAUCAUUAGAGGCAAGUAAGGAAAAAGCUGAUUUGGGGAUGUGGGAGAGGUACACAAGUGUGUGUGUGUGUGUGUGUGUGUGUGUGUGUGUGUGUGUGUGAUCUGAAGGGGCCAAGACCCUCAUGCCUGCUAUGUCUUUGUAAUGCAGACCUUCCAGGUCUUUCUGCGUGCUUAGCAAAUGAAAGAGGAUCUCUGAAGCUCUUGAGAUCCUCCUUGGCUAGUACCCCACUUAUCACUGUGGCCAUGUGCCUCUUGGGAUGCCCUUGUGCAGAAGGGAAAGGAGCACCAGACCGCCUCCAAUGCCACCAUCAUGGCUUCCCUGAUGGUUUUCAAUGGUCCAGUGCCUCUGAACAUGGAGGUCCUACACAAUCAUUAUUGGGAAAUGGAUCACAACGGGGGUGGCUUCCCAGAUGCGGUUUUGUAACGCAGAACAUCUCCCUGGGUGGCUCUUAAGAAAAAGCCAUCUUUGCUUUUUGUUCGGGGUGAGAAGAGGGAUUUGGGGUCAUGUACAGAAGUGGGCGCAUAGCUCCGCAUCCACGCAGGUGGGCUGUGGGGAUGUACCUGGGGUGGGUUUUAGGGAACAUGAGCGGCCCCUUGGAGAGCCCUUCCCCUGAGAUGUAAGCAUUAGCGCCUUUUAGAUAGUUUUCACUGUAGAGUAGGAAGGAAAGGCCAUACAUACCGAGUGAUGUAGAAGUCCCUGGCUUUUCACAAAAGCUGGCUUGCGUUCUGCAGCAGUAAGCGACGUUUCCAGCAUUAGGACGACUUCUUCUUUUUUUGAAUUCACAAGAAGGGCAGGGAGGGUUUUAAAAAAAACCAUUUUGCCCCCCAAACUUUGGCAGCAACUUUUUCAAAACAGACUCUUUCUUAUCUGUAUAGCACCGCACUGUGUAUUUAUGGGCCGGAGGGUGGGAUCGGGGAGGGGGAGAUAGCGCUGGCCGGCUGAUGCUUUCGCAAGCCUUGGGAGACGCCAUGUAAUAAAGGAACGACAAAACUAGA